UAAUCAUACAAAGCGACGUGUCCUCGAUUAUCAGAUUUGAUAAUAUUUUGCUUUCAACAUGAGUUGUUCAGCUGAAUUGCUCGAUUCUGACUGGGAAAAAUUACAAAUAGACAAAUGUGAAGGGAAUAAUGCGGAUAAACCGGUUGAAAAAUUACAUUGUGCUGCUCUUGAUGGUCGUUUAUCGAUACUGCAACAAUUUUUCAAAGAUACCUAUGAUAAUAACCCAGAUUUCAUUGUUAGUGUACCUGGCAGGGUCAACCUGAUUGGGGAGCAUGUUGAUUACAGCGGAUAUGGUGUCAUCCCCAUGGCUGUGGAGCAACGUGUUCUCAUCGCAUUACGCGCAAAUGGCUCAGAAAUAACAACCUUAGUGAAUAUGGAAAAGAAGUAUGAGAAAGCUGAAAUCGACAGCACUUUUAGAGCCUCCACGAAGCCUUUGUGGUACCACUAUUUCCAGUGCGGUAUCCAGGGUGCUUUGGAAUAUUCUGAGGCUAUGAAGUACAAGGGGAUGGAUGUUGCAGUUUGGGGCAAUAUUCCCCCCAACGCUGGUCUGUCGAGUAGCAGCGCCUUGGUCAGCGCUGCGGCCAUUUGCAUGUUCCUCAUGAACGAACCAACUGUGCCGCUACCUGGCAGGAAGGAACUUGCAGAUUUAUGUGCAAAGGCUGAACGUCUUAUAGGAACUCAAGGGGGUGGAAUGGAUCAAGCUAUAGCCUUUUUGGCAACUGAAGGUUAUGCCAAGCACAUAGAAUUCGAUCCGUUAAGAUGUGUCGACGUCCAACUUCCCAAGAACGCAGUGUUCGUAGUCGCUCACAGUAUGGUGGAGAAAAAUAAGGCAGCUUCCAACGUUUUCAACACCAGGGUCGAGGAAUGCCGUUUGGCAGCCAAGUGUAUCGCUGCACAAAAAAGACUAUCUUGGCAAAAGGUUAGAACUCUGAGCGACGUACAAAAAAUGUUGGAGUGUAAUCCUCAAAAAAUGGCGUCGUUGGUGGGUGAUAUAUUGUCUGAUCAGGGUUAUAGCAGAGAUCAGAUUGCUUCGUUCUUGGGAAUAUCUUCGAAAGAAUUAGAGGAAGUUUACAUGUCCCAUGGUACGAAGGAUGUCGAGGAGUUUUAUUUGAAGAACAGGGCACGUCAUGUCUAUCAAGAGGUUGCAAGAGUAUACAAAUUCAAGAACUGCUGCGAGACUUUACCCGAGAAAGAUGGCAUUUUAGUGUUGGGAAAGUUACUCACUGAGAGCCACGAGAGUUUGAAAAAUUUGUUCGAGUGCAGUGAUCCUGCGUUGGAUGAACUAGUGGAUAUCUCAAGGUCCCACACUUUAGGCGCUCGGAUGGUCGGGGCAGGUUGGGGAGGGUGCAUUGUGGCUCUCACCACUGCAGACAAGGUGGAUCAGUACAAGGAAGACCUGAAGAGGAAUUACUACUCAUCUAAGGGAGUGGGGGAUGCGGAAUUCGGAAAUUUCGUGUUCGUGACCAGGCCAGGAUCUGGGGCGCAGAUCCAUGUGUUGAAUCCAGAGAAACUGUUCGGGAAGGACUCCGGUGAAGGAGAGAGCAAAAAUGUUUGAACUAUUGAUUUUGAAUAAAUAUCCGAGGGGAA